UCAAACGCGGAAACCACCCUUUUGGAAAUUCUACUGGUCACCAUUGUCAUAAUAAGUGAAUUAGAAGUAUAAAGAAUACUAAGUACCAGACAUCACUGGUGUCGUAACUUUAUCAAUUUCUAUCGCGUGUGAAUGGGAGGGAACCAUGGAUCUUUCGCUCAUACAAAAUACAGUUGUAGUUGUACAUUGUACAAUAGUACGGAUCGAUCGUACGUACACGAUUGUGCAAGAUACCGCUGCGCACACACGUACACGAAGUCUUCGAAGUUUUCUGUGAACAUUUUUCUCGGAUAUUAGCUAGUUGGGGAUUCUUCAACAAAAACGGAUCCAUGGAUCAUUACUGACAUUUUCACCCGUUCUUCCUCAUAAGCAAUCAUGUGGUACCUGGUGAACUUCAAAUAUGCCGACGAAUUCGUCACAUUUUGGCUCACCGAAUUCUUCCACAACUGGCCGCACGUUUCAUACCUGGGCUUCGAAAAGAUCAGCUCCACUUUCGAACCCUGGGAACUCAAAUAUGUCCAGACCCUUAUUUUCUGGGCAGCUAUUCCAGUCUUAUGGCUGCUAGCCAGCCUGUUGGUCCUUGUCAUCUAUGGAACGUGUCAGUGCUGUAAGAACAAGAAACGACGAGCCCACCCGGUGCCAAACCGAGAACAGAAGACGAAAUGCUUGAAGUGCGGUGUAAUUUUUAUGGUGUUGCUUUGCGCGGCAUUUGUGGGUGCUGGUUUAUAUGCCAACGAGACCACGGCAACCGGUGUGCAGCACCUGGUCCAGUCCGCGGAGGAUGUCAACAGCACAAUAAAAACAGCUGAAGGAGAGAUCUCCAAAAUACAAACAGGCAUCACAGUUGAUCUCGCAGGCGAGGUCAAGGAGCUGGAAGAUAUCUUUCGCUUACCCAGCAGCAACGCCUCGCGGCAGCGCAUGCUGCAGGAGACGACGCAGGUCCUGAAAAGCAUGCUUGCGAAGGCCGGGGGAAACGUCAGCCAUAUCAGCGAAGAGUACAGCAACGGUCUGGAUCUCAGCGGGGCCAUAACGGACGUGCAGUAUUACGAAACGUUCAGGUGGCUUGGUCUGAUUGGUGUCUUCUGUUUUGAGCUCGUCAUCUGUCUGGUGGUACUGUGCGGAGCUUUCACGCAGAGUAGAUGCGCCCACGUCAGCUCGGCCAUACUGUGUUUAACUGGCAUGGUGAUAGUCUGGUGCAUGGCUGGUGCCGACAUGUUUGUCACAUUGGGCAUCAGUGAUUUCUGUGCUGACCCAGAUGUGUAUAUAAAGAGAGAAGCCAAAAUGAAAGCUGGUUUGUCAGAUGCUUUUCUUGAUUACUACAUGACUUGUGGCCAAACGCUGAGCCCCUUUAGCAAGGAGGUGUCAUUAGCAAACACGAAUCUAGCCUUAGCGGGAACCACCUUGGACCGCAUAGCGUCUCUAGCCAAGGGGUACUACGACAACGCAGGGCCUAAGAUUGCAGAAGCUAAGACCACACUAGACUCUGUUACCAGCUCAGUCUUGACGCUAGCAGGCAAUCUGGACUGCACAUCAUCAGGGCUGCAUAAAGACUAUGUGACAUCGCUGUACGCUGUCUGCUACGAUUCGGUGGUCGGCUUGACUGUCAUGUUACUCAGCUUCGUGUUAACUGGUCUCCUGUACACCUUCACGAUCUUUGGAGCCAUCAAACUCAUUGGCAGAUUGCCCAAAAGGAAAUUGCCGUACGCGGUAGACCAAGAAGAUCCCUUCUUGCCUCCGAAUGACAACACAGCCACCCUGGAGCGCUACCGGAGGAACGUUGAACCGCCACCGAGAAGGCAAGACAACCCACCGGUGACCCUGCCGUCCGACCCCCGGGCCAGGCCCACUUCCCUGGUCGGCUCAGUCCAUGGCUACAGACCGCACUCUCCCAAACCCAACGACGGGCCGAACCUAUUCAAUUACCUCCAGCGGGAAGGCUAUGAGCCGGGGCCUAGUGGCUGGGGUGCACCCACGGCAGCAGGAGCGGCACACUCAUCCUCAUCCAACCAACCCCCCGUCGGCCGCGAUCGCUUCGACUCCCCUCCCCCAUCUUAUACUCUCGCAAUGAGCCGCGACCAUCAACGGCGUAACUAGGACAACCCUCAACAUCGGCAACAGGCUCGACUGAGCUUGGGCGAUCUUGUUGGAAAUGCACUCAACAUUGUACGCCAAGAGACUUUUGCACUCCCAAAGUCAACAAUUUUUUCCCUGUAAA